UCACAUGACUGCCUCACUUUUGACGGACGCGGAAGUGGAAACACUAGCAAAAGUAAAAACACAACGCUGCGGAAUAAACGACUCUUUAUAAAACGAUAUGAGUGGCGAAUAUUAUCUAGAGUUCAGUGAAAACCCCGUGCAGUUUGAGAACGCAUCGAGCGUCAACAAUGUGUUUUUCGACGAGGCGAAUAAACAGGUGUUUGCAGUACGAUCUGGCGGGGCCACAGGUGUUGUGGUUAAAGGGCCAGAUGAUAAAAGCUCAGUGGCUUUCAGAAUGGAUGACAAAGGAGAGGUGAAGUGUAUCAAAUUCUCAUUGGGGAACAAAAUCUUAGCUGUGCAGCGCACUACAAAAUCAGUUGAUUUUACAAAUUUCAUUCCUGACUAUCCACACUUGGAAUUUUCCCAUGAGUGCAAGACAAAGAAUGCCAGUAUUCUCGGGUUUUGUUGGACCAACUGGAACGAGAUUGUAUUCGUCACUGACCAGGGAAUAGAAUUCUAUCAGGUGCUGCCUGAUAAACGAACCCUGAAGCUCUUAAAGAGCCAGAGCAUCAAUGUGAACUGGUACAUGUAUUGCCCAGAGACUGCCGUUCUUCUCCUUUCCACCACUGUACAGGGUAAUGUGCUACAGCCAUUUGCUUUCAAGAGCGUGACCAUGUCAAAGAUGUCCAAGUUUGAGAUUGAACUGCCAGCGGUGCCCAAACCAGCCAAACUCAGCCUCUCUGAACGUGACAUCGCUGUGGCUACAAUUUAUGAUCAGCUCUAUGUGAUGUAUCUGAAGCAUCACUCCAGAACCACCAACAGUCCUGGAGCAGAGGUGGUCCUCUAUCACCUGCCCAGAGAAGGCACGUGUAGGAAGACUCAUGUGCUCAAACUAAACACCACGGGUAAGUUUGCCCUGAACGUGGUGGAUAAUCUAGUUGUGGUGCACCAUCAGAGCUCACAGUCUUCACUCAUUUAUGAUAUAAAACUGAGGGAAUUAGAUGGUGCAUUAAAUGUGCAUCAGCCUGUGCUUCCUGCCCAAUCCAUCAACCCCUACAAGAUCCAUCUCACAGGACCUGCGGCCGCUCCAAGUCAGGCCCCUGUGCCUUGUGAACUUUACUCCUCUUCCUGGAGUGUUUUCCAACCGGAUAUCAUCAUCAGUGCCAGCGAAGGAUAUCUCUGGUACCUCCAGGUGAAGCUCCAGCCCACACUGAAUCUCCUACAGGAUAAAGGCAAACUCAUGGACUUCCUGUUGCGGAGACUAGACUGCAAAAUGGUCAUCUUGUCUGUAUGCUCGCAAAUGCUUACUGAAGGAGAUAAAGGGAAUCUGUCUGUGGUGGCCACAGUGUUUGAUAAACUCAACCAAGUGUACAAAGAGUACCUGGAUGCAGAGCAAGUGUAUACUGCGGCUAUGGAAUCAGGCCCCAGUCGCUCCAGCACUUCUUAUAAAAGGCCCGUCCGAACACAGGCGGUGAUAGACCAGUCAGACAUGUACACACACGUGCUGUCUGACUUCACUGAGAAGAAGGGAGUGAAGCAUAAGUUCAUCAUUGCAGUUCUCAUGGAGUACAUUCGUUCUCUUAACCAGUUUCAGAUCCCCGUUCAGCACUGGCAAACAUCCUUAAACUGUGUUUCGUUUGACAGAAUGGAUGACAAAGGAGAGGUGAAGUGUAUCAAAUUCUCAUUGGGGAACAAAAUCUUAGCUGUGCAGCGCACUACAAAAUCAGUUGAUUUUACAAAUUUCAUUCCUGACUAUCCACACUUGGAAUUUUCCCAUGAGUGCAAGACAAAGAAUGCCAGUAUUCUCGGGUUUUGUUGGACCAACUGGAACGAGAUUGUAUUCGUCACUGACCAGGGAAUAGAAUUCUAUCAGGUGCUGCCUGAUAAACGAACCCUGAAGCUCUUAAAGAGCCAGAGCAUCAAUGUGAACUGGUACAUGUAUUGCCCAGAGACUGCCGUUCUUCUCCUUUCCACCACUGUACAGGGUAAUGUGCUACAGCCAUUUGCUUUCAAGAGCGUGACCAUGUCAAAGAUGUCCAAGUUUGAGAUUGAACUGCCAGCGGUGCCCAAACCAGCCAAACUCAGCCUCUCUGAACGUGACAUCGCUGUGGCUACAAUUUAUGAUCAGCUCUAUGUGAUGUAUCUGAAGCAUCACUCCAGAACCACCAACAGUCCUGGAGCAGAGGUGGUCCUCUAUCACCUGCCCAGAGAAGGCACGUGUAGGAAGACUCAUGUGCUCAAACUAAACACCACGGGUAAGUUUGCCCUGAACGUGGUGGAUAAUCUAGUUGUGGUGCACCAUCAGAGCUCACAGUCUUCACUCAUUUAUGAUAUAAAACUGAGGGAAUUAGAUGGUGCAUUAAAUGUGCAUCAGCCUGUGCUUCCUGCCCAAUCCAUCAACCCCUACAAGAUCCAUCUCACAGGACCUGCGGCCGCUCCAAGUCAGGCCCCUGUGCCUUGUGAACUUUACUCCUCUUCCUGGAGUGUUUUCCAACCGGAUAUCAUCAUCAGUGCCAGCGAAGGAUAUCUCUGGUACCUCCAGGUGAAGCUCCAGCCCACACUGAAUCUCCUACAGGAUAAAGGCAAACUCAUGGACUUCCUGUUGCGGAGACUAGACUGCAAAAUGGUCAUCUUGUCUGUAUGCUCGCAAAUGCUUACUGAAGGAGAUAAAGGGAAUCUGUCUGUGGUGGCCACAGUGUUUGAUAAACUCAACCAAGUGUACAAAGAGUACCUGGAUGCAGAGCAAGUGUAUACUGCGGCUAUGGAAUCAGGCCCCAGUCGCUCCAGCACUUCUUAUAAAAGGCCCGUCCGAACACAGGCGGUGAUAGACCAGUCAGACAUGUACACACACGUGCUGUCUGACUUCACUGAGAAGAAGGGAGUGAAGCAUAAGUUCAUCAUUGCAGUUCUCAUGGAGUACAUUCGUUCUCUUAACCAGUUUCAGAUCCCCGUUCAGCACUAUUUGUAUGAGCUAGUCAUCAAAACUCUGGUCCAGCACAACCUCUUCUACAUGCUGCACCAGUUUCUUCAGUAUCACGUCCUCAGCGACUCCAAACCACUGGCUUGUUUGCUGCUGUCUCUGGAGAGCACGUAUCCACCUGCUCACCAGCUCUCUCUGGACAUGCUGAAGAGGCUCUCCACCGCUAAUGAUGAGAUCGUGGAGGUUCUUCUGUCCAAGCAGCAGGUUUUAGGCGCUCUGCGUUUCAUUCGAAGCGUCGGCGCCCACGAUAACGUCUCCGCGCGGAAGUUUCUGGAUGCCGCACGGCAAACAGACGACACAAUGUUGUUCUACACCAUCUUCCGCUUCUUCGAGCAGAGGAAUAUGCGGUUGCGUGGUAAUCCUGGUUUCAACCAAGGAGAGCACUGUGAGGAGCAUGUGGCCUACUUUAAGCAAGUGUUUGGAGAGAACGCUUUGAUGAAACAAGCCACGGCAUGAAAGACUACAGUAGCAGCUGGAACGAUGGUUUAACCAGGAGGAAACGGUAUUGCGUUGAGCAAAAUGAAAACCAAAUGAAGCUCACACGAACUCUAGAGAGAGUCUAGUGUUACAAGAGACUUGAAAGAGACACUUUACCAUCUUGUAUGCAUGUUUGCCAUGAAGUUCAGAUGGUUUUAGCGGGAUAAAGCAGUAACAGAUCGGUGUUUGAAUGGAGAAUUACUAAUAUCGCCACAUUGCAAAAGAGUGCUUAACUAAAUGGUCUGUAUGUAUGAAUGCUGAUCAUGCAUAU